AUGCGACGCGGCGCGAUGGUCGAGAUCGACGGCCGAAGACGGGGGGAGAACGGAAGGCGAUGCGGCCGGCCGGCCGUCAGUUGGAUUCUCAUUCUCUCUAAUUGCCAAUCUCCUCUGGAAGAGAAGAGCAUUCUGAACGGCAAGAGUCAAACUUGGGCUGCCGCCGCCCGCCAGAUUCGAAGAGGCGGUCAGGACGACAACCUCGUGGUGUCGAACGCCGGCGACUGCGGCGCCGUGAUGAGCAGGAGAGGAGUCGCGGAGGCGCUCACGUCCGAUAAUCGAGCUUCUCGUCCGGAGGAGAAGAAGCGAAUCGAGGCCCUCGACGGUUACGUGGAUUGCCGCAGGGGUGUUUGGCGGAUUCGAGGGUCUCUUGCGGUGACGAGAGGGAUCAGAGAUGGGCAUCUUAAGGAGUUCGUGGUUGCCGAGCCGGUGACCAAAGUUGUGCGAAUUCAAUGUGUUUGGGAGUUCCUGAUCUUGACCUCCGAUUGGUUGCGGGAUAAUGUAAGAAAGAUUGACACCACUUUGUUCAUAGGUAUUGAUUGGGGAAACUGA